AUGCCAGGUCUUGUAAGCGAGCGUACUUGGAGCGGUCUGGCAGACAUUCUGCCUGAAGGACAGGUCCUGCUACCAGGAACAGAAGCAUAUGAGAAAGCUGUUUUUGUUGGCAACUUAAGCUAUCGCUACACCAACCCAGCUGUCGUUGUCCAGGCUAUGUCAGUCGAAGAUGUCAGAUCUACCGUCACGUUCGCCAAGCAAAAUGAGAUCAAGCUCACUGCUAAGAGUGGUGGCCACUCCUUCAUGGGGUAUUGUCUCAACGAAGGCGGAAUUGUUCUUGACAUGAGUCAGAUGAAAGGAUGUCAUGUUGACUCCGAGAAUAUGACCAUUGAUAUGCAAGGCGGACUUCUCUGGGAAGAUGUCUACAACAAGCACUUACAGGAUAAGCGAGACAUUGUCAUCGGUGGACAGUGCGCUUCUAUUGGUGUCAGCGGCUUCACGCUUGGUGGGGGCAUUAGCCCUUUCUCGCGUAGCUAUGGACUCGGCUGUGACAAUCUGCUCGAGAUGACCAUCGUCACAGCGAGCGGCGAUUUAGUCACGGUGUCGAGAGACGACAAAGACCAAAAGAAACGCGAUCUCUUCUGGGCUCUUUGUGGCGGAGGCGGCGGGAACCUCGGUGUCACUGUCUCGAUGAAGUCCAAGUUGCACAAGCUUAGAGAUCAAGAAGGCAAGGUCGUGUCUGGUCAGCUCACAUGGAACCUUCCACAGCAACAGGAAGCUUUCGAUCAGGCCAUGCAGACUUUCAACUCCAACAGGUGCCCUUCUGAGUUGGCAAUCGAUGCCUUUUGGUCACACGGACCGAACAAGCAGCUCACUGGUGGGAUGGCAGUCAUCUACAACGGCUGUGUGGAGAAGGCACAGGAAGUCCUCAAGCCAAUCCUUGCCCAGGGACCUAUUACCAACACCCUGCAAGAGAUGUCUUGGACCGAUUGUGUCGAGAAAUCCGAGGGCUGGGAUGCUGAAAGCAAGGUCUAUCACCACCAUGCGUCAUUCAUAUUCGCUGAAGGAGCCAUCACUCCGGAACUCACUUCCACCGUUGCGGGCCUUGUCAAGGAAGCCGCAGAUGUCGUCGGCGUCACAGAAGAGAACAAGGUCAACCAGCCGAACUGUCACUUUUCAUGGAGUCACAUUGGUGCCAAGACUGAAGAGAUUCCUGCCGAAGAUACAGCAUUCUAUUGGCGUGAUGGCCACUACGUCGCUACCUUCAAGGCGCAGUGGACAGACAAGAACAAGCGUGACAAUGUCAUGAACUUUAUGGCAAAGUGUCAAGCCAAAUUGUCAUCCUUUGCCAUUGAACAAAAGGCCGCCUAUGUAAAUUAUAUCGACGGCACAGUUCAGAACUGGCAGGAAGCGUAUUAUGGAGAGAACUACUCUCGUCUGCAAAAGGUCAAGGCGGAGUGGGAUUCUGACGACUUCUUCAAUCACCAGCAGUCUAUCAAGCCAGUUAGUCUUGACACCCUCGCGAUCUCAUACAGCAAGGAAGUUCUUGAGAAGGCUCAGCUUCAACAGAUGGAGAUUUGGUGGGAGGAUAGCGUGUUUACUGUCGCGGGAGCACCUUGGCACGCCCAAGGUGGACCAAUCGCUGUGCUCGCGAGAUGCUGA